AUGGCCUCGCACACGCGACGGUUGACAGACGACUCCAGUAACCCGCACUUAGGCUUCUCUCAAGCGCAACCCCCGCUGUCUCAACUCUUUCAGGAUGCCGCUCUCUAUAACCGGGUUUUACAUUCGGAUGGCCGGAAGUCCUAUGAUCUAUCGCCUACAAUGUUGGACAGAAAUGAGUCUGUCGUUAGCUUCGCGGAGCUCGUGGGGCAAGAUCUCGAUGAAGGAGAAAAGACUGCUAGCGGACGAUUCGCGCAAUUCGCGGCAGCCGACUGGCUUUCGGACGACGAAGAGGAAACGGGAGAGCCAGAGUCCUAUGAAGACGAUGAUGGGCUUGAAAACUCCACCACAUCGUCACCUCCGUCUACCCCGGUUCCCGAUCGAAGUUCCGAGGUAGCCGAUUCAGGAUACGGUACCGUCAAUGAGGAAGAUGCAGCGAGCUCUGAGGAGCACAGACUGACACCUGAAGAGAUAGUGGAUGUACUAGUGCAGGAGUUCGGAUCGCUGACAGAGGGGAACGAAGAGGAACACUUGAUCAAGGAAGGGGACGGGGCAUUCCUCCAGGAUGUUAGCAUCUUGGGUGUUCUCCAUCUUACAUCCCAUCGACUUGCAUUCCAUGCCAGUCUGCUCGCAACACGACCCGACCUCGGUGCGCAGGACGAGAUCAUUAAAGCUGGACCGACCCUUGUCCGCCGCAAAGGCCUAGUGCAUCGAUCGCGAAGGGUGUGGAUGGAGCUUUCACAUGAUACGGUCAGCUUGUAUCCUUCAAGUCGCCCGGAGGACCGUAUCAAACCGUUGCGUAGCAUAUUUCUAAGUUCCAUUAAGGACAUCAGUCAUAUUGAAGAAAAGCACCCUCGUUCUAUCCGCGUAUCGAUUGAAGGGAUCGAUGGCGCUAGGAUCCUUGAAUUUGACACUGAAGAAUCUGCCAGGGAUUGGAGACGGGAGAUGCAAGAUCAAUCACAACCGGACACGCAGGGCAUACGAAUGAGCAUUCCUCUAGAUGCCAUCAUCGACUUCAAGGUUCAACCAGCUAUCAAUGAACACGCGUGGGUUUUGAGUCUAGCCUUUCCUCCAAGUGAGGACAGUACGGGGAGCCUUGCCGAAACUGCCAGACCUGACCGACCUCGCGUGAUACAAUUCGCUACCCUCAAGUCCGGUUUCAGUUUCGACGAUAUUGGAUAUUACAUCGGAGCCGCAAAAUCACGACAUGCAGGCGACGAUACCGUCGGCAGGCUUGCACCAAUUGUGGUUGAUUUUGGCCCAUUAACGUUUCUGGACAACCGCAACCAGCUACAGGAAGCCACAGAAGACCCAAUGAAGACCAAGGAUAGCAUCAUCAGGAAAGCGCUUGCUUUCGAUGCUCACGAGACUAUGUGGACAACCCGCGCUCGGCUUCGGCGUGGUAUAUGCACCUCCGGUUAUUUAGCGGUGGUGAGGCAGUUUAUCGGCUUCUGGAGCAAAUCGUGCACCGGCCUGGACGAUAUAUACCGCAUCCCUGUUUCAAUCGUCAAAAGCGUCAAACCAAUCGGCAGCCUCUUCUCAAUGCGGGAUGCCGGACUUGUCAUUGAGAUCAUAGGCCAGGCAGAUCUCAAGUUCGACUUUCCAUCGGAAGUUAUUCGAGAUGCUGCUCGUGGGCGCAUCUUAGAGGUCAUGGAAGCCGAUCUAGAACGCGUCGAGCAAUCCCCCUCAAGCCCUUCAUCGCCAUUACCUCAGGGGCCCGUUCGUCGAUCUUCUGUCCAAAUGCUGGCACCCUUGUCUCGCGCUGUUGCCAAAAUCAAGCAGAGCCCUGUUCCGAUAGAGGUCCGGGAUCGCCUUCCCAAGGUGCUGAACCUCCCGAAGCGAUCGCUUUCGCAUAUGCCAGCCAAACAUUUCGUAUGCCUCACUAUAGGCAGUCGCGGUGAUAUACAACCUUAUAUCGCUCUUUGUCGGGCACUCCGGGAUGAAGGACACCGAACUACCAUCGUUACUCACGAAGAGUUCAAGGAAUGGAUCGAAAGCUUUGGUAUCGAGCACCGGACGGCGGGAGGCGACCCCGGUGCUCUGAUGAAAUUGAGUGUGGAGCACAAAAUGUUCUCUCCCCAAUUCUUCAAAGAGGGAUUGACGAACUUCCGUGACUGGUUGGACCAACUACUUUUGGACGCUUGGGCUGCCUGCAUAGACGCUGAUGUCUUAUUGGAGAGCCCGUCGGCCAUGGCAGGUGUUCACAUCGCAGAGGCUUUGUCGAUUCCUUAUUUUCGCACGUUUACCAUGCCAUGGACGAAGACCAAAGAGUUUCCUCACGCUUUCAUUUCUCCCCCGGUUGAAGCACCUACCGCGAACGCUGCAUCCUAUCACCAUGUUCUCUGGGCCGCAACGUCGGGACAGAUCAACCGUUGGAGACGUGAAUCGCUAGGUCUGGCUCCCACGGACAUGAGCCACCUUGCACAAUCCAAGAUCCCUUUCAUAUACAACUUUUCGCAAGCCGUGGUUCCGAAACCCCUUGACUGGGGCGACGCUACAGUGAUCUCCGGCUACUGGUUCCUCGAUGACCCGGAUCCUGGUUGGUCGCCUUCGGAGACUCUGUUGCGAUUUAUCGAUAGCGCAAGGAAGGAGAAUAAGGCCCUCGUAUACAUAGGGUUCGGAAGCAUCACGGUACCUGAUCCGGUGGCGAUGACUGAGGCCAUCGUGCAAGCAGUCGUGAAAAGUGGCGUUCGGGCAAUCAUUUCUAAAGGCUGGUCAGCACGGAUGUCGAAAGCCCCAGCCACGGAGGUUGCAUUGCCGGAGCAAUGUAUGAUGAUAGACAAAGUACCGCAUGAUUGGCUCUUCCCACGCAUAGACGCAGCACUCCAUCACGGUGGUGCAGGGACUACAGGUGCCAGUCUGCGCGCAGGGAUUCCCACAUUGAUUAAGCCCUGGUUCGGGGAUCAAUAUUUCUGGGCCUCUCGCGUGCAUAGCAUAGGUGCUGGAAUGAGGGUUAGCCUCCGUGUGAAUGAGCUUGCAGACGCGUUCGUCAAGGCGACGACAAGCCGUAGGAUGAAAGAGAAAGCUGCGCUCAUUGGACAGCGUAUACGUGCUGAGGACGGGGUGCACGUUGCCAUCCAAACCAUACGUAUGUAUAUGACUCGAGCAGGACAAGAUCGAACUCAGCUACAUUAG